AUGGGUGAAACAACUUCCCUAAGGACGCUGAGACAGUUUUGUAAUGGCAUCCAGGAUAUCUUUGGUCGGGAGUAUCUACGGAAGCCAAAUGCCGAUGAAUGCCAGAGAUUGAUAGAUAUGCACGGGACGGUGCACCAUUUUCCGAGGAUGUUGGGCAGUAUCGAUUGCAUGCACUGGGAGUGGAGGAAUUGCUUGGUGGCUUGGAAGGGGCAGUUCACAUCUGUAUUCAAAGGGAGACACCCCACGAUGAUACUGGAAGCCGUUGCUGACUACCGUUUGCGAAUCUGGCCUGCGUAUUUUGGUGUCGCAGGGUCGAACAACGACAUCAACGUUCAGUCAUCCCAUCUCUUCAAUGACGAGUGCCGGCGUGAGGGUCCGACGGUCAGAUUUGUGGCCAACGGCACGCAGUAUAACAGGGCAUACUAUUUGGCCGAUGGGAUAUGCCCUCGUUGGCCCGUGUUUGUCAAGACGAUCCAGCAACCAGUUGGGCCGAAGUAA